GAGAUUAGACAUUUACGUAUCUUUAUAUUCUCUUUUAAUAUCUGAAUACAUAGCAAGGUGUAGCGAAUAUACGAUUGUUUUUUCUUGUGAUAGAGAAACGUUAUAUACAGAAGACAGUCAGCGACAUUAGGACAAUCACUCCUGCAUAAAUGCUAUCAACGCUACUUCAGUUAGUGGCGCUAACUUUAGCCUCCUUCAGUAGCUCAUUGUAAAGGUAACGGUGCAGUAGCGUUACCCAUCAGAUACUUUAAAAAGACAAAUGUAAUCAAUGACCGUCUCUCUGCUAUAUUCAGCUUCAUCUGGCAUCCGGUUUGUCGACGUCAAAGCCAACGAAGCAGUGAUAUGAGCGAUAUCAAGCUGGACCACACGUUGUUUACCUCAGCUAAAGCUAGCUAACACUCAUCGUGGUUGUCGUUAAACGCUAACUACUGUAGGGUUGUUUUAAGUAAUUUAUCAUCUCAGAUUCAGGUCACUUUUUGGAAAUAUAAUCACCCUGGUCAACGCGAUAGACAGUUUAAAAGGAGGGCAAAAUGGCAAGCGACGCUGGCAGCGUUCCUGAACUGGACCAAAAGAAGUAUGAUUCAGACGAACAAGUGAAGAUCAUCUGUUUGGGAGACAGCGCAGUUGGUAAAUCUAAGCUGAUGGAGAGGUUUCUAAUGGAUGAAUAUCGGCCGCAGCAGUUGUCAACCUAUGCCUUGACGCUCUACAAACACACAGCCACUGUAGGAAACAAGUCAGUCGCUGUGGAUUUCUGGGACACUGCUGGUCAGGAGAGAUUUCAGAGCAUGCAUCCCUCAUACUACCACAACGCACAUGCAUGCAUUAUGGUUUUUGAUGUUCAAAGGAAGAUCACAUAUAAGAAUCUGGCCAGCUGGUAUAAGGAGCUGAGGGAGUAUAGGCCCGAGAUACCCUGCUGUGUGGUUGCCAACAAAAUUGACGCUGAUUUGAAGGUGACACAAAGAAGCUUUAACUUUGGAAAAAAGCAAGGACUCCCAUUUUACUUUGUGUCAGCAGCUGAUGGGACGAAUGUAGUAAAGAUGUUCAGAGAGAUGAUCAAGAGAGCAGUGGACUACAAACAAAACCCCAGCGACUUCAUGGAUGAAGUGAUGCAAGAAUUAGAGAACUUUGAUAUGGAGAAGAAGGAAGACAAUUCAGAAGCUGAUGAGGAUGGACUGAAGGCAGAGAGUCCCGAAUUGGUCUGACAGAUGUUUACAGAUCCUCAAAACCCACUUGUCAUCUCAUGGAUAAUUUAUAGGCACA